GGCCGGCGCGGGAGGCGGAGGGCGAGGGAGACGGUUGUAGGGCUCGUGCCUGUUCCGGAGCCGAGGAGGCCCGAGGGGCGCGGAGACCCGGGAGGGAGACGGCGGCAGCAUGGCGGCUGGGUGCGAGCCGCCCAGCCCUCCUGUUCCCGGCUGUCGCCGCCGCCGGAGUCGCCGGGACCCGUUAGUCCGCCUGUGUUCGUUGUAAGGCUGCUGCCCGCCGUCAGCCCUCGGGCCCACCGGCCCUCCUCCCUCUCACCGCCGCCGCCAGCCCGAGGGUCGGGCCGGGUCACUCCCACCUGCCGCCCACCAGCCCGCGGGCGGGGCCAUGGAGGACGUGAAGCUGGAGUUCCCCGCGCUGCCGCCGUGCAGAGAAGACGCCGAGGAGUGGACCUACCCUAUGAGACGAGAGAUGCAGGAAAUUUUACCUGGAUUGUUUUUAGGCCCAUAUUCUUCUGCUAUGAAAAGCAAGCUACCUAUACUACAGAAACAUGGAAUAACCCAUAUAAUAUGCAUAAGACAAAAUAUUGAAGCAAACUUUAUUAAACCAAACUUUCAACAGUUAUUUAGGUAUUUGGUGUUGGAUAUUGCAGAUAAUCCAGUUGAAAAUAUAAUACGUUUUUUCCCUGUGACUAAAGAAUUUAUUGAUGGGAGCUUACAAACUGGAGGAAAAGUUCUUGUCCAUGGAAAUGCAGGAAUCUCCAGGAGUGCUGCCUUUGUUAUUGCAUACAUUAUGGAAACAUUUGGAGUGAAGUACAGAGAUGCAUUUGCUUAUGUUCAAGAAAGAAGAUUUUGUAUUAAUCCUAAUGCUGGAUUUGUCCAUCAACUUCAGGAAUAUGAAGCCAUCUAUCUAGCAAAAUUAACAAUACAGAUGAUGUCACCACUCCAGAUAGAAAGAUCAUUAUCUGUUCAUUCUGGUACCACAGGCAGCUUGAAGAGAACACAUGAAGAAGAUGAUGAUUUUGGAAACAUGCAGGCGGCAGCUGCACAGAAUGGCUGACUAAAAAGCAACAU